GGAGACAAAAACCGCCACUCUGAAUCCUGUCUCCUCCCUCGGGAGGCAACCAUGGUGCCGCCGCCGCCGCCCAUGCGUGGCCCAGUUCCACCAUCUCGACCGUGGUUGCAGACGUGAAUGCAGAUCCGUCGCCGCCCCAGCCCCUCAUUCCGUUCCUUUCUUCGCGCAUCUGGCGAUUCAGUGCUAUGGCGGGGGACAUUGACUGGCGGCGGCUCGACUGAUGCAUGUCCACAACAAGAAUGGCGCCGCAACCAGUACAAGCGGCAUGAACAGAGGCAGGGCUGGGGAGUGACACAUGCGUAAGCAACGUCGAGCGCGGCCGAUGACGCCAAGAUGAGAUUCUCCAGAUCGUUCUUUCAUCUCUGUCUUUACCAAUCCUUCUUGCUUUCCCUCUUAUCUCUCUCAAUGCCACUAUAUGCAAAUUUCGACAUGUGCUCUGGUUUGAACCGAGCUUGAUUUUUUCGUUAAGAUUCAGUGAUGGUAGUGUUGGGUUGGGUUGAGGUGCGUCACUACGUUGGGGUGCAGGGCGAAGUUGGCGGAGGUUGGAGGUCGGGUCCGACUGAGGGGGCGGUCGUGUUGGUGUUGUGUCCGUCUGGGUUUUGCGAUGGAGAGAUGGAUCAGCCUGGAUUUUCUUAUCAUCUCUCUUGUCGCCUUCAAGAAGAAGAGGGGAUGUCAAGUGGAAGUAGAGUAGGGAUGGAGGAUGUUGUUGAUUUGCUUCGGAACAAAGUGUUUGGUGGUUUGGCUGCUGUUACUGGUACACUAUUUACUCUUGUCUCUGGAUUACUCGGGCUUGGAUAUGGUACUGUCAGAUUUAUAAGCAACUAUGUGUUGCGACUAUACCCUAUGAGGAUGCUUGAUACAAGCCCAUGCUUCUCACAAGUUCAAUUCAAGUUCCGGUUGUAUUGCCCGGGAAGCCUGGAUGCAGGAGCAAUGCUGAUGGUCACCACGGUGGUGGGUGGCCGCUGGGAGGCAAUGCACUCGCUCGGCGUCAUUCAAUUCACCGGCAUUGGUGGCACCAAGGACGACCACAACCUCCGUGUUGGCGUUGUGUUGUGUGUGCACGCAACGUAGUCUACAUUUUCAUAGAAGCAGAACAUUAUAUCAGGUUAUUCUUAUAUAUGUCGUGCAUUUGCUCAUAAUAAAACAACUUUUUGCCUUUAUAAGUUAUGUUAAUUCUGCAUGAAAUGGUUUAAUGCCAUUUAGUUUAUUAAUAUUAAUACGAUUGUAGUAUCGCAUGCUUAUCUGAGGUCUGGAUUUAAGUAUGCCACUGAGGUUGAGAGGGAGAGGCUAGCACCUUUUCUGAUUAGUCAUCUAUAUAUACAUCCAUUCCUAACAAUCAUAUAUAGCCCAAUCUAUUGUUAUCUCUGAUUUAUUUUCUCAAUAUUACUAAUCAAGCUGACUUUAUGUAUAGAGCCAGUCCU